AUGGAGCUUGCUGGUUGUACCAAUGCCGUGGUGAACCCAUCAUUUGAGUCAGGGUUUUUAUACCCAUGGGUCCCAUCUACAGUCAAUGUUGCAAAAGUCAGCAAUGGCACGAGCGCAUAUGACGGAAAUUACUACCUUGAUAUUCAGACUGCCGUAGGAAAUCGGGGUAACACCAUCUCCCAGUCUUUGCAGCAUCUCGAACCACGCACGAAAUAUACAUUCAGCGCAAGCGUCCAAGCUUCAUCACCGUCUGGUUUUGAGUAUUGUUCUGUGUACGUAUACAUGGGACGUAAUGCGACUACCGGCCAGAUUGCAUCCUCGCAACUGUUUACGUUCGGCGAGUGGACGUCGGUGACUGGAACGUAUUCGCCACGAAGGUCAGAAGAGACCCUAAACAUCAUUGCUAGCUGUGACUCCGAGGAUUCUUCGGUUACCGGUAAUGUCUGGAUUGACGAUGUCAUUUUCAGUGCGGGCCACAAUUGUGGAGCAUUGUUGAACUGA